UUGGCGCGGGACGCGCGCUCCCCCGGUCGUCCUCGUCCUCGCUGAGCCGGAUCCCCGCGCCGGACACCCGGAUCCCGACCCCGAUCCGCGCUUGCAGCUUCCGCAUAGGCGCUCGCUCGGAGCCAGGUGAGCGCGGGCCUGGCGGUGACCCGCGCGGAGCGGAGCGGCGGCGACGGACCGCGGGCGAGUCCCAGGCCACCGUAACUGAGGGAAGAUGAUGGAAGAAAGUGGAAUAGAGACCACUCCACCUGGAACCCCUCCCCUGAACCUUGCAGGCCUGGCCGCCGCCAUGCCCUCCACUGAGGUUCACUUAGCUGCAACCAGUUCCUUCUCAUCUCCCAAUGUGUCUGGGAUGGAGUCCCUGACACCACAUGCCUAUUCCACGCCUCAGCCAUCCCUGCCCCCUGUGCAGCCGUCAGCACCCCCUCCGUCGGCUCCCCUGAGUGGCACUUCGGUGCCGCCCUCCGUGUCUCCGUCCCCUGCCAUGGCCUUCAGCAGCCCGCCUUUAUCCUCCUUCCCACCUGCGACUUCUGCCUCCGGUGCGCUUUUAUCUGCGCCCCCUUCGGGUCCUCCUAUAUCAGGAUUUUCUGUCGGUACCGCUUACGAUAUCACAAAGGGCCAUGCCGGGAGAGCGCCCCAGACACCGCUGAUGCCGUCCUUCUCUGCGCCCCCAGUCACAGGUAUUCUGCCAGCCCCCAUUACUCAGCAAGCCAGUAUGACAUCUCUGGCACCGGGACCUGGAACCACAUCAGCCAUUACUUUCCCUGAGGAGCAGGAAGAUCCUAGAAUUAUUAGAGGCCAGGAUGAGGCACCUGCCGGUGGGAUCUGGGGCUUUAUCAAGGGCGUUGCUGGGAAUCCUAUGGUGAGAUCUGUGCUUGAUAAGACCAAGCAUUCAGUAGAGAGCAUGAUCACGACGCUGGACCCCGGCAUGGCUCCCUAUAUCAAAUCUGGAGGAGAAUUGGAUAUUGUUGUAACCUCAAAUAAAGAAGUGAAAGUGGCUGCUGUCCGAGAUGCCUUCCAGGAAGUCUUUGGCUUAGCUGUGGUUGUGGGGGAAGCUGGACAGUCCAAUAUCGCCCCACAGCCAGUAGGCUAUGCAGCUGGAUUAAAGGGCGCCCAGGAACGCAUAGACAGCCUGCGGAGGACCGGCGCAAUCCACGAGAAACAGACUGCUGUGUCGGUGGAAAACUUCAUUGCUGAGCUGCUGCCCGACAAAUGGUUUGACAUCGGCUGCUUAGUGGUUGAAGACCCGGUGCAUGGCAUCCGCCUGGAAGCCUUUACUCAAGCCACGCCGGUGCCUUUGGAGUUUGUGCAGCAGGCGCAAAGCCUGACUCCCCAGGACUACAAUCUGAGGUGGUCAGGCCUUUUGGUGACAGUGGGGGAAGUCCUGGAAAAGAGCUUGGUAAACGUCAGCCGGACUGACUGGCACCUUGCUUUCACUGGCAUGUCUCGCCGACAGAUGAUCUACAGCGCGGCCAAGGCUCUAGCAGGCAUGUAUAAGCAGCGCCUGCCACCCAGGCCCAUGUGAGACCAGCUGCUGGGAAAUGGAGACCUGCCGUCACCCUUGGCUCUGUGUUAGAGGAAACUGGAUAGUUCCAGAGAAUCCAACAGUUUUUACAAUUGUCCUUUUUAAAAGAAUAAACAAUUAAAUAAAGGCACAGUGUCAUUCCAGUAAAACAGAAGAAGUAGGUCCUCUUUUCACUGUCAUGAUUUCAUACGUCCUAGUUCCCCAAAAUAUACACACAUAUUUACAGCACAAUUCAGUAUACCAGAUUUAUAAAGCAGAAAUCCAUGUUCACAAAUGGAUGAUUGUUCUUGGCUCUUCUGGUUUCUUGAGAACACGUCUGUGUUACUUGCCCUGUUAACCCUGUUGUCAUCUGUGUGUGCACAUGCUCUCAGGUUUGGCGGUGAGCAGUGUACAUCCUCAGCAACGGACCUGACAUGCUUGCUGGGGCAUGGGGGUUUGUGCACAGUUCCUUGUGUUUUAUAGAAUAUGGGCCAAAUUAACAGAAUGGAUAGUUUUGUCAUUAUGUAUGUAUAGUUUAGAAGUUAUAUUUGUUUCCUUUUUGUUUUAAACUUUGGCAUUUUGUAGAUUCAUAACUAUGAACAUCAGAAAAUAACGUUUUUUUUUUCUUCAUUGCUAUGUGAGAACUAAAGGGCAGAUCAUCCAAAUCUAUUUUAGAUCAGAUAUGUAUUUGUGGUUUUAUUGUUGUUGUUGAUAUUUUUUUUAAAAAAAUUUUGUGUAUUGAUGUUUUACUUAUAUGUCUAUAUACCAUGUGCACAGUGCCCAGGGAGGCCAGAAAAGGGCAUCAGACCCUGAAACUGGAGUCACAGAUGGUUGUGAGCAACCAUAUCAGUGCUGGGAAUCGAACCUGGUUCUUCCAGAAGAGCAAUCAAUGUUCUUAACCCCUGAAGCAUCUCUCCAGCCCUGGUGUCAUUUGUGGAAGUUGGCACUUUCACAAAUUGGCUGUCAUGACAACUGUUCCUCCUGCAUCUGCCCACCGUCUCCAGACUCUAAGAGGGGAUCCCCUUCUCUUGGGAUGGUAUGUGUUUUCUUUAGUGAAAGUUCCUUUUUAUUAUUAUUUGAGAAGUUCAUGAAGUAUGUUCUGAUAACACUUGUCUCCCACCCCUUCCCCUCCAUGCUCCCCCUUCUUGUCCUCUUUACCGAGUCCAGUUUGUACUGCCCAAAUAGGUGUUAGGCUGUCAACCAGUUGACCUAUGAGGGACUACAUCCUUGAAAACUGACUAUCCCUCAGAACCCAUCAGCUGCCAAUAGCUCCCCAGUUUGGGGGCAGGACUCAUGGGCUCACCCAUGCUGGAUGUUGAUCAACUGGAUCUUGUGUGUGUCUAAGGUUGUUUCCUGGUUUGCCUUAAGCACAGCUUGACUUUUCUAACUGUGCUCUUCUGCCUUUAUUUCUUAACGAUGUUUUCAAGGGAAUGAUUUUAUAUUCGAUGUAGUUUAUUUAAUCCAUUGCCUUUAGCAAAUGCUUUUUUCUCCCUGAAAUAAUAUAUUUUACCAUUUGGGGAUUUACAUAAGUCAAAAUUAAGUAAAAAAUUUUCUUACACAGUUAAACUCUGUAUAUGCAAUUCAGAUAUCUUCGUGAAGAUAAUUUGGUACUGAAAUGUAAUUUAACUUUCUUUUCCUUGUUGAUACAGUUCUGUAGAUGCCAGAGUUAGUCGACUCUACGCUCAUCCUCUGUCCUUCCAUGUACAGUGUGCUGUGCCGUAGUGCUUUCCAGUAAUGACAUGAUUUCUGAUACUUUUCCAGAAGGAGAAUUAUUACUUUAGAGGUGGGUGUUUGUUAAUCCCCAAGCACUGUGUGUGGUGCUUAGUUAGACAGGAAGGAAGUCUGUGGCUGUGGUGAUGUGCCUGGCCCAGAGUGAAUCGGCCACAGUGACUCUCAUUGCUGGGGUCUUUCUUUACCACUUGCUGCUGUGCUGUUUUUAAGAGCUGUUUGGGUCGGGGGAUUUAGGCUAUGAUGGAACACUAGCUGAUGUCAGGCCCUAGGGUCAAUCCCUGGAAAACACACACACACACACAUACAAGACAGGGGGAACUAGUAGCAUUUGAUGGGGCAUUGCCUGGGUAAUAGUAUUUUAUUAUACUCCAAAGGCAAGUUUUACAGACCUUGAAGGUACCCUAUUUUUCCCUUGUCUGAUUGAGUCUGCAUUACCUUAGUUACUGUUUCGGAGGGUCAUUCCAGUAGAAUCACUGGGGUCACUGACAUCUUAUUGGGUGAUGGUUUUCCUUGAGUCCUAAGACUUAUGCCAUGGCUUGGUUGAAACUGGAUAAUUGUUGUUACCUAGUCUGCCUACUAUGAGGGAGGGAGGAGAAGGGAGGCUGAUGGAAGAGAGAACUGUUUGAUCCAGUCUGAUCUCUUUGUAGACAGGUUCUCUGGCCUAGAAUUCUCUUUGGAGGAUGUCAGAGCAGGCUGACUCUACCGGCUUGUUUCCCUGACCCUUGUCUUCUAGGAUUCCCCUGCUCAAUCUGCCUGGUGACUUUUAGGCCUGAGCGGUCCAAAACCCUGGUUUCCUUCCCGGCCCAUCUGUCCCUGUGCCCUUUUCUCCUCCUGCCUGUUUUUGUGUCCCUUCCACGCUGGCAUUUUUAGCGAGUUUGUGGUGGUGGUUGCAUUUAUCAGUAGGAAAAUAAAAUUUAAGAUCAGCCUCUCAAGACUGCUCAACUAUUUAGUUCCAAGGGUUCAGUUUUUGUUGCUCUCCUUGUUUCCCUCUGGCUUUGUUUGUUUGUAACAGUGCUAGGCAGAGCCUCAUUUACUCUGGGCAAGCAUUCUCCUGAAGGGCCACAGCCCCACUUCCCUCCUCAGCUGAAUUUGAGACAACUCUGGACAGAAACUGUAUCAAGGGCUUCUGAAGUUGGAAACAUUUUAGAAGCUGGAAGUUCUUUCUACUGAUUUCCAUGUUGUUUUUCAUUCUUCCUCAGUCUUUAGAGAUAAGAUGCUGCCAUCUUAAGUAUAGGCAGGUAAGAAAACAAAGGAAAGCACACACUACACCUGUUCUGAAUUAUGCAAAUUAGCAGUUACUCAGGGUCAACUCAAUACUUCAGCCUGCCUGCCCUUUAGUUUACUUUUGUUAUUUGGCAAAAAGAAGAAAAAAACAAAACUAAAACUAAGGACAGUGAUUUGUGAAGCCAAAUUGAUAAUCUGUUGUAAAAGUUGUUGAGUUAAACAUAAAUUAUUAUGAAAUGUAGAUUUUUUUCCCUAGGAUAUUGUAUUCAUUUUAUAAUAUUAUGUAGAGUGAUAUAUUGGAUAAAAUCAAUUUUGUAAGUAUGUAAAUA